AUGUCAUUGCCAACAUCUACAUCAUACGAACCAACUACAAUAACCAAAUCAUCAACGCCAAAAGUUAAGGAAAAUGAUGUAGUUCAUGACAUUGAAUCAAGUCAGAUAACUCAAAUACGUGUUAUUACCAGGUACCAUGCUUCGAGCGGGCUUGCAUCACCAACAAAUGAUCAUAAUUUACCAGCAAGAGAAACUGUGACACCGGGUGCUUCUGGCUCUUCCGGACUUGUAAGAAUCUGGUGGAGAAAUUUGCCUGAAUGUGAAGGUGAUUGUGAAAUAGAUGAAAACAUGUGUGUGAGGUUUACACAGGUUCUUAGACAUAAAUAA